AUGGUAGCCCGAGUAAACUCUCGAUGUUUGGUUGGUAUGAAGCGAAAAGUAAGGGGAUCAAUGCAUGAGGUUAGCAGAGAGACUACCGCGAAGGCGGGGGUUUUCCAAAUUCAUGCGUAUAUGAAGCAAACUGUAUCACAAGUUGUCAUCAAACACAAGGUCACGAAACCUGCUAUCUGA